AUGUUCAGGUCACUCAGUAGCAAGAACUCGGCUUCCUCAUCCAAGCGAAAGAAGACAGACAAACCCACCCGCCGCACCGAAUCAAUAACAUCCUCGUCGACGCACCGGAAAGACCGCUCGUCCAAACAUGAACAGAAGAAGUCCAUUCCGGAUGGUCUCUCUGGCCCUUCGACUUAUCGCACCACAGUCGAUCGCUUUGAUCAACUCGAGCCUCGAUCUUUGACGGAAGAAGCAAUUAGGAGCCUCGGCCUGCACGAUGACGGAAGGGCAGAUACACACUCGAAUGGUCAAGAUAUGUCCUCGAGAAGAGCUCGUUCAGACAGAAAAGAGCCCUUCGAAAAUUCGCACCAGCAACGUACUGGAGCACAGGAAUAUGAGCAGUACCGGUCCUUGAGCGACGAGAUCAUAGUAGAUGAGCAAUUCUCUCACCGCACUCAUCCUCAGAACGCUUUUGGUACAUCUUCCCGUGUGCAGGACCAGUUUCCAGGACAGGAUCCCUCAAGCUAUGCUCGGUCUGCAUUUGACCCAAGUCCAGCGCAAGUGCUUGCUCGUACGUAUGACGCUGGUGGUCAGACUCAAGCUGAGGAGUAUUUUGGCACUAUGCCAGUCGAACCGUUACCUCAAGAUGGCGUGGGAGCUGCUGCCGAGUACUACUCUCAGACUCCUAUGCAGAUGUACCAGACUGGAAAUCAAUAUGACGUACCUCAUGUUUUGCAUGAGGGGGCAGCUCGACUUGGAGCACCUUCUGGGCGAUUAAUGUUUAAUGGAUCCUUGCGCCAUGAUAACCCAAUGGGUAAUGCCUCGACAUAUCCCAUGGAGGGUGUUUCGGACCAAGCCUACACUUACCAACAGCAUCGACCUACGGAAGCUGGCUCGCAGGGACAAUCUGCCUCACAUAAUGCCUAUCAUCAGCAUUCUCACUCCGCGCCUUCCACAGCCAUAUUAGUUGAUCAAGCCUCAGAUGCGUCUCUGCCCGGUCUACUAGGCCAAGGUAAGCAAGCUACUAAGGAGAAUUCGGCGUACCGAGUAGCUGCAGCGAGCAGGGUGACAGGCGGGGAUGGAUAUCAUUCUCAUAGCGCGCAUCAACAAAACCCUUCUGCUCCGAGAAACAAACUCAAUGGCGGCAUCCUGCAUGACCGCUCCACUACGAGACCGUAUACCUCUGGCCACAUGGCCACUCAGCAUCGACACAAAGGUCCCAUAAGCAAGUUCGUGGACUGGUGGAAAGACUACGAAGAUGUGCGCAAGAUGGAAGAAUAUACUGAAUAUAUCGGCGUGUGCAGGUAUUGCUUUGAUCCUCGCUCUAGCGCUACGGAUGCUCCUCGGAAGCAUUAUCGUGGUGGGAGAAUCUCGUCCGAGUCUUCGCAAAGACGAUCCAGUGAUUCGCUUCGGCGCUCAUACUCCGGUGGAUCUAGAACAAGUCGAGUUGACAAGGAUCAAAGAUAUCAUUCGUCUGAUAGCGAGCGUCGUAGCAACAAAACUAGCUGGCUGGGUGCGGGUAUCGCGGCCUAUGGACUGUCCAAGGUUGGAAAGUCUUUGUGGCAGAGCUCCCGUGAUUUUGACGACACUCACAGUAUCCGAUCCGGCAGGAGAGAUGAUGUCCCAGGAAAUAGCGGUCGAAGGAAGAUAGUUAAAAACCACUCCCACGCCGAGAGGUCUGAUUUGGAGGACUAUCGUGCAGUGGCUCAAGGAAAGUCUACUCGCCUGACGACCACUCGGAGUUCGGCAGGCCAUUCGCAUGACUCUGGCUCGGGAUCAAGACAUAGUCAGACCGGCCGACGUGACGCCUCCCAUCUGGGUUCAAUGCCCGUAGCAUCUCCAAGCUACAGCCAAGAACGUAUUAAUGUGCGCCAUCCGAGUCCCGAAUACGAGCAUGUCACAACACAUUCGGUUCGACAAAGACCUAUGACCCGGUCGAGAAGCCACAGUCCCUCUUUAGGCCAGAUUCUCGGCCUCACGGGCGCUGCAAAGCGCAAGUUGGAUACUGCUCCGAAGUCGUCUUCGUCGCGACAAGACAACGCGUUCAAUGCUAGACGUAGUGGCAAACCCAAUUCAAGAAAGAGCAAAGAAAAGGGGUUCUUCAGUUUUGCCAAUUCGUCCUCAUCAUCGGCCAACUCUGACCUUGCUUUUGGUAUUCACACUGCUCAAAACGGCAAUCUCACAAGAAGAGUGACUGCAAAGAGCUCCGAUGAACAUCUUAAGGCCACCUUACUAGGCAUUGGAGCCACUGCAGCUGCUCUGAAUGCUGUUCAUAAAAGCAGAAUGGGCAGCAAGAAGGAGUUUAAAGCAACACGUAAGGGUGACCGCAACAGUCUGAACCGAAGCAAGCAGCCCAGUAAUGACGAAGAAGGUUGGGAGUCGGCUACCAACGACGAUGCUGACAGCAUUUCAUCAGGACUCGCCUUUGGUGAUUUUGAUGCGAGUGCAAAAUCACCUAAACGACGACCCAGCUCUGGCUCAAUCACCUCUCAGAGUUCUGGUACCGAUAAGUGGAGCUGGCGUUGGCGCCGAAAGUCCGAGAAGAAGGAUCACAUCAAUGGCACAUCACUUACUCAUCGUGACGAGAGUCUUUCUGGGCGAGAGUCGAGCUUUGCUGCAUUGCAGCCACUACAACAUGUGCAGCCAGCGCCUAUCGAUAGUCCAACACAAUCUGAUGCACGCGGAUCAUCGUCGAUGCCUGGUGCAUUUCCUGAGCAUCCGCAUGCCGUUGAGUAUGCAUCAAUACAGCAGCCAUGGCCCAUCUUACCCUCGAACACUAAGCUCUUCGAUGCUGAGACCUCUGCUCGCUCUGCUCAAACAACUCAGUCGAAUUCUCGAACGCCUGCACGCCCCUUUGUACCCACGGGGAUUAUACGUACCCAAUCGAGUCCGGUGCCCAACCACGCUAUACGCGACGUUGCGUUAGCUAGCUUAGUAGGAGCUGCUACAGCUGGAAUUCUUUCUACCGCCAAGGAUAGACCCAGAGAUGACAGUCCUAGUAAUGUUCGUUUCGAGCUUACCGAUAAGCAAGCCAAGAAAGAAGAGCGCCAACAGCGUAAAGUCAAUGUCAAAGAGAGCAAAGAGCGUGCUCAUGAAGAGAGGAGAGACAAAAAAGAACGUGCCCGCCUCGAUCGCGAAAGAGCACUACAAGAAGAGUCGACCCGUCUGGACCAUGAUUAUGCAAGACGGCAAGCUGAAGAAGCAGAGGCUCUGGAGAAGAAGGUAAAUCGUCAACGCGAAGAGGCGCUCCGGGAAGAGUCAGACCGGCUUGGACGUGACUAUGCAAGACGUCAAGCCGAAGCGCAAGAAGCUCGCGACGCCCGGGAGUUGGAAGCAGACCGCCAACGUGAAGAGGAAAUCAAAGAGUUCAUGAAACAUGCUCUCGCUGAACAAGCUCGGGAAGCCGAACAGAAACGACGCCGCGAGGCCUGGCAAGCUCAGCAAACAAUCAUCCAUGAUGGUUCUUCUAAAGAUCGUGGAAACUUACACACAGACUUCUCUUACGCCACUCGCCCUUAUGAGCCUUCUAAUUCACAUAGCGGUCAACCCCUGAUGGAUGAUGACUUGAUCGAUCCGGAGUUUUUCACACGCACACGUAGUCACAGCGAUUUGGCUCGGCACGAAGAGCUCGCCAGGAAGGCCGCUGCUAAGGUGGUUGCUGAUCUUGAGCAGAGGUACAAAGAGCCUACCCCAUCUCAAGCUGAGUUCUUUGCACCAAAGGAACUGUUCGAGCCAUCGGAAGGCAAGACCAAGGUCCGCGGGCCUGUUGAUGAUACCGACUACCAUGUGUAUCAUUUGUCGGGCAUUCAAAAUACAUCCAUGCCGACCGGGCCACCACCUCCUUACCAGUAUGCAAAUUUGCACGAACAUCAAGAUGAAUCAGCCUGGAAGAUACCUAAGCUCAACGUGAUUGCGCCUACGCCGCCUGUUAGCUACGCAGGAUCAGUCAAAGAUGACAAAUCGCCAACCAGUGCGUCAAGAAAAGCUUUCUGUGAGGCCAGUCAGGAGUCCGAAGCCGAUAUGGAACCGCAUAAGUCGAGCAAAGUCAGCUGGGGUGAAGACCAGACUCGCUUCUACGAGGUCGCUACUCCCGAGUCAUCGCGGGAACAUGAUGUUCUCCAAAAGGAUAUUCCACACAAGAUGUCAGGUCUGCGCGAUGAGGACUCUUGCGCUGAAGCAGUCCAGUCCGACGAUGGUAGGGGCAGCACUAAGCAAUCGAACCGUAAUGGAUCUCCAAAGGUUGAAUAUGUUGACCGAAUUGCUAGAGAGAUUGCGAACACAGCACCGACACGCUUUUACCAGCAGCCAUUUGUCGAAAGCGUUUCCGACAUCGCGUUCACACUAAACUCGCCAGACGCGGAAGGUGCAUCACCAGCACAAGGCUUCGUAGAAGGAGAGGUCGGGUAUGCGAGUGAGUCCGAACACAUGCCUCAUAUACCAGGUGGCUUCGAUGAUCCAGACUUGGAGUCGUACCACCAAUACCGAAACGAAUCUAGCAAGGGAAACUAUGACCCCAAUCGCGUAGUGGAUGAACUGCAAAAGGUGGUGGAACAACAUCGAGACGGUGAUCGCAUGACCAAGAAGGAAAGAAGAAAGCGAGACAAGGCGGCAAGAAGGGCUAUCCCCAAUAUUGAUCCCGGAUCAUCUGCUGAUGAGCGUGACGUUCCGGCACCCUCACAUGAGAAUGAUGAUGAUCAGAGCGAGCAUAACGCCGCAUCACAAACGCACAGCCUGCCAUCGAGUUACCAGUCAAAGAAUGACGGAGAGGAGAUUGGGUCUUCUACAAACUAUGCCGAGGCUGCAGCACUAGUCGGUGCUGCAGCAAUAGUUGGCACCAUCACGCAAAAAGAUAGGGCUCGAUCGCCAACUCGGAGGAAGAGCGAGCCUGAGGAUUUCGAUCGGGAACGCCCUCGAUCAUCACACUCGGAGUCUCGUAAAACUGUUUCUCAAUCCACGCCUACGUCGCCAGUGUACGAACGCCGUCCGUCCCUUCCCGACCACGCUUUUGACGACUUGGAAAUGCUUGCCGGCAACAAGAGACCAAAGAAGUCGAAAAGGAAUAGUCUGCUGAACUAUCCUGCUGUCGGAUCUCCACUUCGAUCAACUAUGACGUGGGAUCAACAUGUUGAGCCUAUCGCCGCGACUCAGAGCAGUCAACCGUUAGAUACUCAGCCGUACGACAUCGCCUCUGAUGGCGGACAGCCGACCGGGGAGAUGAAGACGCUUGCCAGAAGUGACAGCCCGUCCCCCGAGUCGGAACGCGGUACCGAUUCUAUUGUGUCCGCUCCUGUUGGUGAAGAGCAUGUUGACAGAAGGCGUAAGAGUAGAAAGUCGCGCGGAUACUCCACAUCGCCCUCCAGAAGUGUAUCUGUCGCAGUCUCUGAACCUUACGACAACUCUCGUAAGCACAAACGACGAUCUCACCGAGAUAGCAAAGAUUACGACGACACGUUCUCGACAACAUCUGCUCGCUCUCGUGCUUCCCACAGCUCCAAGAGAGAUAGGGAUGACGAGGAUGGUAAAACAAAGAAAAUGGGUGGGAUCUUGAGCCUCUUCCGUCGUAAGACCUCUGAUGACAUGGCUAGCGAUGAGCCAAACCGCUCGAAGAAUCAUCGUCGCCGUCAUAGCUCUGAGCAUACGAUAGGCGAGGUUGGAGAGGAUGCGCCUUCAAUCUCGAGAUCUCGCUCUCGAGCCGGGAUGGGAGCAGACGAUGUCUCGUCGAGACAUUCGAGUAGCUCCAGACACCGAGGUCAGCACCGCCGAGAUGAUAGUGUAGAUGAUCACGAUUCUAGGUCCCGAGUGUCGAAUUCGUCGCGUCAUCGUAAGCAUCGCAGUAGAGACACCAGUCGAUCACCAGAGAAUGAAGUUGACGAGUCACAAUCCGCAUCUCCGGAGUCAAAGCUCAAACACCGACAUCGACCAGCAGACGAUGAUCUGGAUCACGGCAAAUCGUCAUCUCACGUUGAGAAGACACCUUCAGGCCAAGACCAGUCUUUUUUAGUGGACCGGGUAGAGGAUGACGAGCCCAUACCUUUACCCGCCGAUGGCGUUCCGUCAUCAUCAGAGGCUCCAAAAUCAGCGGGAGGAUUGCAAGAACAUGGCGUACCACCACAUCGUUCCAGCGAAACACCCCUAGAUCCGACUGAUAUACCGCUUCCUGAAAGCGAGGAUGUCGAGCUCCAGAUUACAUUCGACGCUACAGCUCAUGGACACAUGGAAACCACUAAAUAUCCUGUGAUGGAGGCUCAGAUGGUUUCACCGACGACUGGCGUGCUAUCACCUCCUCUGGAGCACAUGACACCAGCUCGGCCAAUCGUUCCGCUCCGUGUCAGCUCUUCCACAGCGGUUCCGUUGAGAUUUCGUCGUCCACCAACAUCACCUAGCCUUCCUCGAGAACGUUCAGUCAGCUUCAGCUCUUCUCUUGCACACUCCCCGUCGUCGCCAGUCACCUCAAAAGCCAAAAGACCACUGUCCACAGAGUUCGUGCAUUCGACCGAAUUCAGACCGUUGUACCUACUCGAGCGAACGCGCAAGCCUCAGGAUACAGAAAUCGAGCAGAACCUGCCAAGCCUGCCUCCAAGUCGUAGCGCAAGCUCAUCUAGUUUGCAAAGUAGUGAAGACUGGCAGUCGGCAGCAGAAGACUUCGACCCUAGCGAACAAGAUGACCUAAGUCCUCCCGUAUUUGAUCAGGCGUACAACGAUGAGCAGGCAGAUGUUCUGGGCUCUACGCAGACCACACCAAAAGCGAUAGAAUUUCCGAAGAAUGUACCAGAGCCUCAUACACACGCAGCGCCUGAGUACUAUUCGUGGAGUGAUAUGGAACACGAAGAACAGUUACGUCAAGAAGCCGAGAAGAAGUUCACUGAAGAGUCGACUGAGGAGUUCACGUCAUCCGAUGUCGAUGACGUUCAAACCAAGACAGCCUCCACGGAAGACUCUAUUGAGCCACAUCUAGCUGCUGAAGUGUUGAUAAAUCAGGAUCCGAUGGCCACCGACGUCUGGGGCGAAUUGAGCGACGACGAACAACAUGGACUACAAACGUUCGGAAACGACGAAGUCAAGACUAUGAUCGAGCCCGAAGAGACUCAAGUCGACCAAAAUCGAACUUUCGCCGCAAAAAAGCGCAAAAGUAAGAAGCUAGCAAAAUUGGGAACGUCUUCUGUCCACGAUAACAGUGAACCAGUUCGUGAAAACCCGGCAGAGCUUGCGAGACGGCGGGAACAAGACGCACAAGAUGCUGUUGACACCUGGUCGACACCGUCUGUGAAGUCGCCGCAAGAGAGCGCUGUCUCUGCCGAUAUAGUCCCGCUGUCAAAGCUAAUUGACUUUUUUGACGAGAAGAUGCCCGAGUUGUCUGUAGCGUCGGAGGAAGGCAUAGAGCCUGCUAAGCAAAACAUUGAGCCAAACUCUCCGUUGUUGUCUCGCAAGAAAUCGAAGAAGGGCAAGAAGAAGCAGAACUCUGCCCAUCCAGAUCGGUUGGUUGAUGUCUCAUCGAAAGCCUUCGUCGAAACCCAGAUGAAUUCUGCUCAUGCAGAUACUGCGACCAGCAAAUCACACCUGCACGAAAACGAGGAGCCUCAAACCACGACGCUUCUUGAAGAAAAGUCUGGCAACGAUGGUUUGAUGGUGCCCAGUUCAGCAGAAGCUGAAGGUAGCCAUCCGAAAAUCUUCAGCGCCGAGCGAAGAGACGAUCUAUCACCGGCAGAAGAAUCAGACUACUUCUUGUCCAAGGCAGAGCGUAAGAAGAAGAGUAAGAAGGCGAAGAAGGGCGCGCUCUCUAUCGUGAUUCCUGUUGUUGCUGCGGCUAUGCUGGCUGAAACUAACAAGGAGUUUGUGAAGCAAGACAACGAACCCAAGUCUACUUUGGUUGGAGACGGAGACGAAGAUCGCCACUCUCAAAAUCCUGCUGCAGACAAUACAAGCUCUCUACAUGCUUCACCGGAGCAAUUUAGUGCUGAAGCUCAUGAUCCUAGUGUCAUCACCAGAUCCAGUCGACAACUUGACUUCACUAUCAAGGCCGAGGCGACCCGAGAGGAGCAAAGAGACAUGGCGACAACACCGACUGCAGCAAGCCAUCAAGACACUGCUAUAUCAUCAAAACAGACCGAUAUGAUUGCAGGCUCUGAGGUGCCUCCUGGACAAAUCACGCUUCCCUUGAACGAAGAAGGCGCACAUCAUGACACGAAGGAUACUCACGAUAUCCCAAACACGACUCAAUCAUUCUUUGUUCCCGAGCAAGAUCGUGACGUGCAACCCGCGAUUCCCGAAGAAUCUCUCCCGGACGCAGCUUCAACUAGCAAUAGAUUGUCUUGGUUCUCAUGGCUCCCAGGUGUUAAAUCGCAAGAGGCCGAUGAACACCGCUUCGAAACGAAAGUACCUGGCGACCAUGCAGUCCUGCCGGAUGCUCUCUCACAAGAGCCCUUCGAACGUCUUCUGGAACAACCCGCGCACCACCUCGAGCCUUUCGACGAGCCGACCGUCCUUCCUGAAAGUCAUAAUAUUGACUCCAUUAAGCAUGAUGAAAUACAAAUCGAACAGGAAACGCCCCUUCACGCUCACGCAAAGCCGGAGGAGCUUUCAUCAAUGGUGGAAGGUGGAUUGGCAGACAACACAAAAGAUUCGGAAGAUCUAACCGCCAAAGAAGAGCCAGACACAGUCCACCUAAGCGAGCGGAUU